CCCUCCCACGAACUUUCUUCUGGGGAAACAAAACUUAUCUGAAUCUCGGUGCCGUUUGUCCGUGUGAAAGUGAACAACAACCGUCCAAAUGGCUCAACAGGGAAUUCUGCUGGACCAGGACCAGUUCUGUUGUUCUGUCUGUCUGGAUCUACUGAAGGAGCCAGUCACUAUUCCCUGUGGACACAGUUACUGUUGGAGCUGUAUUGAGGGCUGCUGGGAUCAGGAUGAUCUGACGGGGAUCUACAGCUGUCCUCAGUGCAGACAGACCUUCACUCCAAGGCCUGCUCUGAGAAAAAAUAACAUGUUGGCUGAAGUGGUGGAGAAACUGAAGAAGACAGCAAUUCAGGCUGAUCCCCCUGAUCUGUGCUAUGCUGGACCUGGAGAUGUGGCAUGUGAUUUCUGCACUGGGACCAGGAAGCAGAAAGCCCUCAUGUCCUGUCUGGUGUGUCUGGUGUCUUCCUGCAAGACUCACCUCCAGCCUCACUAUAGUGUCCCUGGACUAAAGAAUCACAAGCUGGUCAAAGCUUCCACACAGCUACAGGAGAACAUCUGCUCCCGUCAUGACGAACUGCUGAAGAUUUACUGUCGUACCGAUCAGAAUUGUAUCUGUUAUCUGUGUAUGGUGGAUGAUCAUAAAGGCCAUGAUACAGUGUCAGCUGCAGCGGAGAGGACCGAGAAACAGAGUCAGCUGGGGAUGAGUCAGCAGAAGCUCCAGCAGAGAAUCCAGGAGAGAGAGAAGGAGCUGAAGGAGCUCCAACAGGCUGUGGAGUCUCUCAAGCACUCUGCACAGGCAGCAGUGGAGGACAGUGAUAGGAUCUUUACUGAGCUGAUCCACUCCAUUGAGAGAAGGUGCUCUGAGGUGAAGGAGCUGAUCAGAGACCAGGAGAAGGCUCAAGUGAGUCAAGCUGAUGGACUCCUGGAGCAGCUGGAGCAGGAGAUAGCUGAGCUGAGGAGGAGAAACGCUGAGCUGGAGCAGCUCUCACACACAGAGGAUCACAUCCAUUUCCUCCAGAGUUAUCUGUCUUUCUCCAGUCCCAGUGUCUCUUCAGACUCAGCCAGCAUUGAUAAACGUCCUCAGUUCCUUGGAGAUGUGAUUAAGGCUGUUUCUGAUGUCAGAGAGAAACUAGAAGACUUCCUUACAGGAGAAUGGAUCAAGAUCUCCACCAUAGUGAAUUCAGUGAAUGAUGUACUGUCUCCAGAGCCCAACAGAGAACACUUCUUACAAUAUUCCUGUCAGCUCACACUGGACCCAAACACAGCACAGAAAUCCCUCUCUCUGUCUGAGGGAAACAGAAAGGUGACAGUUGUUAAUGCUGUUAACGAUCCAAAUCCUGACCAUCCAGACAGAUUCACUGAUUGGUGGCAGGUCCUUUGUAGAGAGGGUCUGUCUGGACGCUGUUACUGGGAGGUGGAGGGUCAUCAUGGGACUGUUACAGCAGUCUCAUAUAAAGACAUAAGUAGAAUACGGAUGGUUAAUGAGUCCAGAUUCGGAUACAAUGACAAGUCUUGGGGUUUAGAGUUCUCUGGUAAUGGUUAUCGUUUCAGACACAAUAAUGUUGAGACUAAAGUAUCAGGCCCUCAGUCCUCCAGAGUAGGAGUGUACCUGGAUCACAAGGCAGGUACUCUGUCCUUCUACAGCAUCUCUGACACAAUGACCCUCCUCCACACAGUCGAAAGCACGUUCACUAAACCCCUCUAUCCUGGGAUAUGGGUUGGGUACAAAAAUGAUUCUGCUGUGCUGUGUAAACUGUAGAGUUCCCCAUAUUAGAAUGAUGGUUAAUGCUCUUAUAGUUUGGUAUGUACAAUUUAUUUUGAUUGAUUGAAUCUUUAAUUUAGUCUAGGUUUAAAUCACAUCCAUAUUGAUGUAUUCUCACUUUGAUGAAGUCUAAACUAAAAAACGACUGCUGUAUUGUCUUUUUUAAAGAAAGAUUUUUGUUAAUUUCAAUCAAUUGUAUUAUUAUUUACCUAUUGAUCCUUGAAUGUGAAUCUGUUUAGUUUUCGCAAAUCUAUCCAGGCCUAUGUACUGUAUAUACUCUGAUGUGCAGAUUUACUACUCAAUCAACCGUCCAGCAGAUGGAGAUAUACUGUAACAAACAAACAAUAUUAAACGUCUUGAUUUACUACCUCUUGCCACUCAGAAAACCACCAACAAUAACCAAUAUUUCUAUAUUUUCAUUUUUGAGUGUUUAUGCUAUAAACGACAUGACUAACUAAAGAAAAUUAUUUUUAGCAGCAGAGAGUGUGUGUGUUUGGGUUUUACUAUCCUUGUGGGGACCAGAAGUCCGGUCCCCAAAAGGAUAAAGGCUUUUUUAGGCUUAGGGCUUAGGUUUAGG